AGCCGCGGCGGGCGCGGGAUCCGGGCCGGGGCGCGAGCCGAGCGCAGCCUCCCUCCUCUGUCGGGCCGAGCGGGCAAAGCGGGCGGAGCGGGCACGGCGCGCCGGGGCCGCAACCGGGGGGAUGCGGCUGCCUCCCCCGGCCGGCGUGUAGAGAGGGCGGGUCCCCGGCCUCGGGAGCGCGGCGGUGGAGGGGACGGAGGCGGCGGCCAUGGCGACCCCCGGCAACCUGGGGUCUUCCGUCUUGGCGAGCAAGACCAAGACCAAGAAGAAGCACUUCGUAGCGCAGAAAGUGAAGCUCUUUCGGGCCAGCGAUCCGCUGCUCAGCGUCCUGAUGUGGGGGGUAAACCACUCGAUCAAUGAACUGAGCCAUGUUCAAAUCCCUGUUAUGUUGAUGCCAGAUGACUUCAAAGCCUAUUCAAAGAUAAAGGAAUACUGCCCGAUGGUUUUCCGUAACCUGCGGGAGAGGUUUGGCAUCGACGAUCAGGAUUUCCAGAAUUCCUUGACCAGGAGCGCACCCCUUCCCAACGACUCCCAAGCGCGCAGUGGGGCUCGAUUCCACACUUCCUACGACAAAAGAUACAUCAUCAAGACCAUCACAAGUGAAGAUGUGGCCGAAAUGCACAACAUCCUGAAGAAAUACCACCAGUACAUAGUAGAAUGUCAUGGGAUCACCCUUCUUCCCCAGUUCUUGGGCAUGUACCGGCUUAAUGUGGAUGGAGUUGAAAUAUACGUGAUUGUUACAAGAAAUGUGUUCAGUCACCGUUUAUCUGUAUAUAGGAAAUACGACUUAAAGGGCUCCACUGUGGCCAGAGAAGCCAGCGACAAGGAAAAGGCCAAAGAACUACCGACUUUAAAGGAUAAUGAUUUCAUUAAUGAGGGCCAAAAGAUUUAUAUCGAUGACAACAACAAAAAGGUGUUCCUGGAAAAACUGAAAAAGGAUGUUGAGUUUCUUGCCCAGUUAAAACUCAUGGACUAUAGCCUCCUGGUGGGAAUCCACGACGUGGAGAGAGCCGAACAGGAAGAGGUGGAGUGUGAAGAGAAUGAAGGGGAAGAGGAGGGGGAGAGCGAUGGCGCCCACCCCGUCGGGACCCCGCCGGACAGUCCUGGAAAUACGCUGAACAGCUCACCGCCCUUGGCUCCAGGGGAGUUUGACCCGAACAUUGAUGUUUAUGGAAUUAAAUGCCAUGAAAACUCGCCCAGGAAAGAGGUGUACUUUAUGGCAAUUAUUGACAUUUUGACUCAUUAUGAUGCAAAAAAGAAAGCUGCCCACGCCGCCAAAACUGUUAAGCAUGGGGCUGGUGCAGAGAUCUCGACCGUGAACCCAGAACAGUAUUCAAAGCGCUUUUUGGACUUUAUUGGCCACAUCUUGACGUAACCUCCCACAUGGCCUUGGACGGACAUGAGCACGGGAAGGACAGAGGUGGCUUCGGCGUAGGAAAAACGAAAACCAAACUCAGCGAAGCACACCUCCUCGUUUACAUCUUCAGGCCAAGAUGACUGAUUUGGAGGCUACUCGCUUUAACAGCUACCUGAUAUUUCCCAGCAUCGUUCUAGCUAUUUCUGACACGUGUGCGUGCGUGCGUGUGUGUCUGCGCGCGUGUACGCGUGUAUCUUAAAAAUUAAUUAAUUAAUUAAUUAAUGAAAACCGGUCAGCUUCAGUCAGAGUGCAUUUGGGCAACAACCUUCUGAUUCCAGCUGUGGAUGGAUGGAUGGACGGGUGAGCACACGCGGGGGGAGGGGGCAAAGGCAAGGCAUGUCAGACCGACCAUGUUGGCGUCACGCGAUAAACUGUGGAUCAGUUUAUUUUUUGGAAUUGAAAGAUGUGACAGUAUUCAUAAUAAUAACGAAGAUAAUAAUAAUGAUGAUAAUAAUGAUGGUGAUUAAAAGAAAAAAACUUACUGCGAAUGUUACAUUUCUACCACGCACGCUGACACUCCUUUAUAGUUGUCCGCCAAGCCCCUGGCGCUGGCCGGGGGAGCACAAGCAUCGCCAGCGCGCCCGGGCUCAGGGUUCUGCCUCCACAGUGUCGGGACUCCCGGUGUCCGGGGACAAAGGCCCCUCCUCCAGCAAGAAGCUGAUGCCCCUAGUGACUCUUGUCUGUACAUUUUCACCUCAGUAAGUAUGUCCAGGAAAACUGCUUACUUCUCUUUUCUUGCCUGGAGCUUCUUCACUGUUACACUCUUAUGUUGCAAUAUAGGAAUUAAUGCUACAAAAUAAAAAUAAAGCUUACCUGAAAAUUG